AUGACAGGAUCUAUGGAGAAUGGAAAUGGCGUGACAGAGCGCCGGUUUGGCACGCUAGCUGUUCAUGCUGGUGCGCCUCACGACCCGGUCACUGGAGCGGUCAUUGCGCCUAUCUCCCUAUCGACCACUUACGAACAGACUAGCGUCGGCAAUCCUGUCGGUCUGUACGAGUACACUCGCAGCUCCAACCCCAACCGUGACAACUUCGAGCAGGCAGUUGCCGCUCUCGAGCACGCCAAAUACGCCCUGGCCUUUUCUUCAGGCUCCGCCACAACAGCUACCAUCCUCCAGUCUCUAGCCGCAGGCUCCCACGUCGUCUCCGUGUCUGAUGUGUACGGCGGUACGCACAGAUACUUCACCAAGGUUGCCGCUGCACACGGCGUCCACGUUACUUUCUCACCAUGCAUCGAGCUGCACGUCGAGGAUCUGAUUCGGCCGAAUGACACCAAGCUCAUCUGGAUUGAGACACCCUCGAACCCGACGCUGGGCCUAGUCGAUAUCAAGGCCGUGGCGGACAUGGCGCAUCGCCAUGGAAUUUUGGUGGUUGUGGAUAACACUUUCAUGAGCCCCUAUGUGCAGAACCCGCUCCUCCACGGCGCGGAUAUUGUUGUUCAUUCCGUGACCAAGUAUAUCAACGGCCACUCUGAUGUUUUGAUGGGCGUCGCAGCCUUCAAUUCCGAGACUCUCAAAGAGCGCCUCACCUUCCUCCAAAAUGCCAUCGGUGCCGUCCCCUCCCCCUUCGACUGCUGGCUCGCCCACCGUGGUCUGAAGACGCUACAUCUGCGCGCGCGCGAGGCCACCACCAACGCCACAGCCGUCGCCCUAGCCCUCGAGGCUUCUCCGCACGUCCUCUCCGUCAACUACCCGGGCAUCGACUCGCACCCACACCGCGCCAUUGCGAUCAAGCAGCACCGCAACGGCAUGGGCGGCGGGAUGCUCAGUUUCCGCAUCAAGGGCGGCCAGCGCGCUGCGCACCUCUUCUGUCAGUAUACGAAGAUCUUUACGCUGGCGGAGAGUUUGGGUGGCGUGGAGAGUCUCUGUGAGGUCCCCUCGAGCAUGACCCAUGCGGGCAUUCCGAAGGAUCAGCGCGAGGCGGCGGGGGUGUUUGAUGAUCUUGUGCGUGUGAGUUGUGGUGUGGAGGAUGCCGAGGAUUUGAGGUUGGAUGUGUUGCAGGCUCUGGAGAGGGCUGUGGCGGGUGUGGAGAAGACGGUCAAUGGCGGCUUUUGA